AUGAAGAAGGUCCUCGGAGAAUAUCAGUUUCCAGAAAUCUGGGAUGUCGCUUCUAUUGUCCCCCUGCUCCCUCCAUUUUCAGUCUUGACCUUGACUAUGGCAGUCAUCAGUGAAUUACUCAACAAUCCCUAUGUUGUACAGACCAACGAGAUUCCCUAUAGACGCAUUCCUUUGGUCGGGAAGACCUGGUGGGAGCUUACCAACAAAAAGGCCCGGCAACGCUUUACUCAGUCAUGUCGUGAACUAAUUGCCGAAGGCUUUGCAAAGGGAGUCAAUGUCUUUCAGAUCAUCGGAGCUACGAGCCCGAUUGUUGUAUUGCACCCGAAGUUUGUCGAUGAAAUUAAGAACAACCCAGAUCUGAGUUUUGAAGACUCCAUCAAAAAGGCAGUGCGGACCAGUUUGACCCAGGCUCUCGGGUCCAUUUCACUCCGGCUCUCGAAGGAGACAGGUGCGAUAUUGAAGGAAUCCUUGCCCGCCACCGAUGAAUGGAAGCCCUGCCAUUUCGCGCAUAAGGUUCCGUACAUGGUAGCCCGCCUCUCCUCUCUGAUAUUCGUUGGAGAGACCAUCUCCCACGACGAUGAGUGGAUCGAUGUUUCUGUGAACUAUGCCAUCGAUGCGUUUAUGGCUAUGCGCGAUCUGCGAGAAUGGCCAUCCAUUCUCCAUCCGGUCGUACACUGGUUCUUGCCCUCUACCCAGAAGCUACGCAAGCACUUAAAAAUGGCUCGUUCCAUCAUCAGCCGCGAGAUAGACAGGCGGGCGUUGAUUCGCGCGGGUAAGCUCCCUGCAGAUGAUCCACCUCGUGGACCUGACGCUCUGGACUGGUAUCGCGAGACCGCCGAAGCCCGGAAUAAUUUGACCUUUGACCAGUCUUGUGCUCAGGUUGGAUUGGCGCUGGCCGCCAUUCAUACCACGUCGAACUUGUUGACCAACGUCAUUUAUGACCUCGCGGCGUACCCAGAGUACAUUCAGCCGCUGCGUGAUGAGAUUCGUGCGGUUGCUGCUGAGGAUGGAGUUCUGAAGAAGACUAGUUUGCUCAAGUUGAGGUUGAUGGACAGUGUAAUGAAGGAAUCGCAGCGUACUAACCCACUUUCAUUGACCUCCAUGAACCGCCUCGCUCAUAAGCAAAUCGUGCUCUCCGAUGGAAGUGUAAUUCCAAAAGGCGCCAACAUGUUUGUUUCCACGAAGACACUAGAAGAUGACAGUAUCUACCCUAAUGCUUCCACUUACGAUGGCUAUCGGUUUUACAAGAAACGCCAGCAGCCCGGCAACGAACACAGACAUCAGUUUGUAACGACGACAAGUGAGCACUUUGUCUUCGGCCAUGGUAUCCACGCCUGCCCUGGCCGGUUUUUCGCUGCCAACGAAACCAAGAUUAUGCUCCUUCAUUUGCUCCUGAAGUACGACUGGAAACUGCAGAGCGGCGGUCGACCCCCGAACAUUGAAAAUGGUGUCGAGUCUAUCACCGACCCACGAGUUGAGAUUCUAUUCCGGUCGCGUGAAUCGGAGGUUGACCUAGGUUUCCUAGGAGAGUAG